AUGAAUUCCUCCAACAAAAUUACGGAGGCCAUUGAUUCGAAAUUAGCAAAAGAAUUAAACGCAGAUGCUGAAAUUCGUAAACUUUGGUCUCAGAGUAUUCAUUGCCGCGAUAAACGUCAGACAUUCAACAAGGCCAAUGAAGUUUAUGAUUUUAUUAUCGUUGGAGCUGGAACCGCUGGAUGUGUAUUAGCAAGAGAACUUAUUUACAACGUUCCCAAUAUUAAUAUUUUGCUAUUGGAAGCCGGUCCACCAAAUGUACAAGUUAAUAAUAUAAUGCGUUUACCUUGUACUUUUGCUUCGGUUUAUCGAAUGAGUGAAGCAGAUUGGGGAUAUCACACAGAAGAUCAAAAAAUGCCGAGCUCGAUCGAUCCUACUAAAGAAGUAUUAAAUAAAGCGAAACCUUUUCCGCGUGGUAAGAUCGUUGGAGGUUGUAGUACUGUGAAUUCAAUGGUUUACAU